GAAAACCUGUCAACAAUUAACCUUUCACUAACAGGAAACAUUUUACUUCCCGCAGCUACGUCAGCGCGCUGGACUCGCGAGACUUGCAGCGCGUUGCCAGGAAACAGCAGUGCGGGCAAUGGCGAACUUUCAGCGGCCUUUUAGUGGCGGACGCCCGAUCACCAAAGGCGCCUCGGGCAGACCGGCCAGUGGCACACGACCUCCCCCUACCGCAUCGAGACUCAGUACGGGAAUAUCUCCUGGUACAGCAAGACUUGGAACACGUAGUGGAAUGGUAAUGUCUGGAGGUGUGCUCUCUGCUCAGAUUAAAGUUGCAGAUCGCCCUGUAACUCAGCAGGGGUUGAGCGGAAUGAAAACUGGAAUGAAAGGACCACAUCGUCAGAUUCUGGACAAGUCCUACUUUCUUGGACUGCUUAGUGCUGGUGGCUUUGCAGAGGGUGCAGAAGAGCUGGUGAUCACUCGAAUGAGUCUGUCUCUUUCUGCUCAAGUCCAUCAAAUCAAGUUCCCUUGCACUGCAACUCCAUACACUAGAGCCAAAAUCAGUGAACUUACAACAGAAGUUAGCAAGUUGCAAAAGGAAAUCGAUACCUUUAACCAAGAAAAUUCUGUCUAUCUCUCAUAUGAAAAGAGAGCUGAAGCAUUGGCUAUAGAAAUUAAAGAUCUUCAAGGGCAGCUGGCUGAUUACAAUAUGCUGGUAGAUAAGCUGAAUACCAAUACUGAAAUGGAGGAAGUUAUGAAUGACUAUAACAUGCUCAGAGCACAAAAUGAUCGAGAAGCACAGAACAUGGAUGUAAUCUUUACAGAGCGACGCGAGAAAGAAGACUUGAUUAGAGUUAUUGAUGUGGAAGUUGACCAAGAGAAACAGGCAGCAGAUACCAUUAUCAAAAAUAUGGCAGAAGAUAAGCAAGCUAAAUACCUGAAGAUGAAAGUAACUAAUGAGCAUCUAUUACAGGAGUUGAAUGCUCGACAGCAUGAGUUGGAUGUAUUGAACACGAAAAAGGAAGCACUAGAGGCUGAGAUAGCUCAUUCCCAGGUGAAGCAAGAAGCGGUGGUUCUGUAUGAAAAACUCCAUGAGCUUGAAAGUCACCGUGCUCAGAUGAUUGCAGAAAAUAAAAGUAUGGGAUCGCCACAGGAAGAGAGAGAACGACUACUAAAGCAGGUUAAAGAAGAUAACCAGGAAAUAGCAAGCAUGGAAAGACAACUUACAGAGAUGAGGGAGAAAGUGAGCCAAGUAACUGAAGAGAUUCGGCAACUUGAUAUGGAUUUGGAGGAACACCAAGGAGAGCGCAAUCAGAAGUACAAAGAGCUGAAGAAAAGAGAAGAAACAAUGGAUGCAUUCCUGGAUACUGCUGAAGAAAUCAAAAAUCAAGAAUUGGAACGAAAAACUCAGCUUGAGGGUAGUAUUGUCGCCCUUCUGGAACACACAAGCAGAAAUAUGAACCGGAUGAGACAGAUUUCCUCAAUAACUGCACAUGAACUGAAGUCCAUGCAGGAGGACCUGAAUUUCAAGGAGACUGAAAUGCAGAAAUCGCAGACAACUGCCAAAGGUUUGACUGAUGAGAGCCAACGGCUCCAACAAGACCUUCAAAAAGUUGAACAACUUGAGAGCAAGAUCAGUACAGAGCUGAGUUCUUUGAAAGAAAAGAUCCAGCAGAUAACAGUUGCUCUAGAAACCUAUAAUGACCUAGAUGGACUAAAGGCAGCUGGAGAAGAGAAGAAAAAGAAACUCCAGGAGGAGAAGGUGAGACUGACAAAACGCAGAAACACCUUUAAGAAGAUGAUGCAACAGGUCUCAAAGGAAUAUGAUAUUCUGAAGUUACAGUUACAGGAAAAUGAAACCCAUUCACAGCUGAUGAAUCUGGAACGUAAAUGGCAGCACCACGAGCAGAACAAUUUUGUUAUGAAAGAAUUCAUUGCUACAAAGGGAAUGGAGAGUAAUUACCAACCAGUUGUGAAAAAUGUUACCAAACAACUUGCUGAGUUCAACAAAAUACUUCAAGAAGCCCUUCAAAAUGCUAAAAAUUGACCUAAACUUCCUGACUGAUCUGUG